AUAUAGUCUAGAAACAACUAGUAUUUGCUACAAACACACACUUACUCUUCACACACACUAAGAUGUUGUCUCUGCUCUGUUGCUUUCUGUCUCUCCUCUCUUUUCUUGUACAUUCUUGUCUCCGACUAUGGACUCAAGCUAAAAAAUCUCUGAAAGAUGAAAAGGAAAUUGACGAGGGAACUUAUGUGGCUGGAGAGGAGGGGACACCUAAAGGGCUUCUGAGAGAGCUAAUGCCGAGGCACGUAGCAGUGAUAAUGGAUGGAAACCGGAGAUGGGCCGAACGGGCUGGAUUGCUGACGUCACAAGGCCAUGAAGCCGGAGCCAAACGGCUGAUAGAGUUCUCUGAGCUCUGCUUCAAACUAGGGAUAGAAACAGUGUCAGCGUUUGCUUUCUCCACUGAGAAUUGGGGAAGACACAAGAUCGAAGUUAAAUGCUUGAUGUCUUUGUUCCAACGAUACCUCAAGUCAAAGAUCCAAUUUUUCCAAAGUGAGGAAAUAAGAGUUUCUGUUAUUGGAAAUCUUGAAAAGAUCCCGGAAUCUCUCCUCGGAACAAUCAAAGAGACAGAGCAAGCUACGAAGAGGUACAAGAAGAAGCAUCUCAUCUUGGCCAUAGAUUACAGCGGGAGAUCUGAUAUCUUGCACGCUUGCAAGAGCAUUGUGAAGAAAUCACAACAAGGUUUGAUCCGAGGGGAAGACGUGGACGAGACGUUAUUCGAGAGAGAGCUUCUGACAAAGUGUACUGAGUUCCCAAGUCCAGAUCUCUUGAUUAGGACAAGUGGGGAACAGAGGAUUAGUAACUUCUUAUUGUGGCAGCUCGCUUAUACCGAGCUCUUCUUCUCACCGGUCCUUUGGCCUGACUUUGACAAGGAUAGGGUUAUAGAGGCCUUGGUUUCGUAUCAACGCAGGGAAAGACGAUUUGGCUGUCGGAUUUGAUCACAUCUGAUCCUAUGUUAUGUCUCUCUGUUCUGUUUUUCUUUGUGUACUAUGUUGUGUUCAUCUGAUUUUUCCUAUCAAAUUACUCUGUUUUAGCAUCAGUUGUUAUUGAAAAUGAUAUCUU